AUUUUUCGCAACUGGCAAGGAACGCCAUUAGCAGAACUGGCUCUGUCGUUCAUUUUCAGUGAAUCUUUUAGUUGAACCUUCAUCGUGAACUCUAUGUUUACAUUUUUUUUCGCCGACAUGAAGUGUUCGUUGGAUGGUGGAAAUGCCCGAGUCAUUGCAAAGGCAAUACAAUCUUUGGCCAAAUUUGGAUCCGAUUUAUAUUUGGAAGCCGAUCAAGAUGGCUUACAGCUGCGUACCUUUAAUGUGUCCAAAUCGGCUAUGGGUACAUUUCGAUUCAAACGUGUGUUCUUUGAACAUUUCAAUGCGGAGGAGGGUAGCUACUGCAAGAUAACAAUGAAAGCUAUAUUGGCUGUUUUCAAGAAUAUGAAACAGGUGGAACGUUGUGAAAUAAGGUUACUCAUCGAACAGUCUAAACUGCAGGUUCAGUUCAAAUGUCGUUUGGAAACCAUUAAGAAUGUUUUAAUUUCCAUAGUUGAUGAGGAAAAUGUUACAGCGGCUGUUUCGAUGGAGGAUACAUCGAACGUAAUUGUUGGUUCGUAUAAACUAUUUAAUGACAUUUCAAAUAACUUCAAUGCUGCCGAGGUGGAAAUGACACUGGAAGCAAUGGGCAAUGGGUUAACGGCCAAAAAUUACAUUGAAGGCGCCCGGGUCAAUGACAAGUUUAUGCGUUCACAACUGAAACUUAGUCCAACGGAAUUCGAAUCAUACAACAUCCACGAAGAAUCGGCCGUGACAUUCAGUUUAAAAGAGUUCAGAUCAUUUCUUCUGUUUGCCGAGAGUAUUGGCGAAUCGAUUACCUUAAAUUUCAAUGAGGCCGGCGGUCCCAUAUUUAUAAAAAUUUGCAAACUGGAUUUGAUCGAAUGUACCCUGGUCAUGACAACAGUUUACACGGACGAUGUCAGCAUGUACGAGGAGUGCCGGGAAUCAGAGGUGAAAGAAGCUAGUACGCAUCGUAGUUUUGCAACCUCUGGCCAGAAACGUAAACAUAGUAACCCCAAAGUAAUAGACAAAGACCGUAUAAACAAAAAAAGAUUAUCUGAAGAGACUACACUUAGUAAUAACUCAACGUUAUUUCGGUUUAACACGGAUAAUAAUAACGACACCCUUCAGUCGGUGGAUGUGGCCAGGAAUUUAACACAAGAAGAUCUUGAUAUGGAAGAUGAUGAGGAUGACCUAAUAUUAGCUGCAGCUGUGGCAGAGGACAAUGCAUUGCACACCAGCAGCCUGCCAGCGGUGAGAGAAAGUGAAGUCUUUGUAACAUUUGCCAGUACUGAGACAAAUAAAAAUGACCAAAACUCCGAUGAUGAUGAUGAUGCCGAUACUAUACCCCAAUCACCGCAACGGGAACAUGUACCCAAAUUACGUUCAAUAUUUACUAGAUGCUUCGAAUCUACCUAUGUACCCAAAGAACCUUCCCCCAGUAGUCAGGUAUUUGUUCCAAAUUCUGAUACUGAAGACUGAAAGAUAUGUUAUUAAAUACAUAUAAAAGUGUGUUUUAUUUAAAGAAAAAAA